AUGGUGCUCUCCACAAUAGACGAGAUACCAAUCGAGUUUGAUAAGAAACAGUAUAACGAGCCGACGACGGUCGAUGUCAAGUCCGAGUCUAUCCAGUAUGCGGGCGAACCCGUACAGUUGGAGUGGACGGAAGAGGAGGAACAGGUCAUCAAGCGUAAGCUCGACUGGCACACUGUCCCACUGGUGACGACCUUGUACCUUCUCUGCUUUUUGGAUCGAGCGAAUAUCGGAAAUGCCAGGAUCCAGGGCAUGGCCAAGGAUAUCAACCUUGAAGGAUACCGGUUCAACUGGGCCCUGUCAAUAUUCUACAUCAUCUACCUUCUAGUCGAAGUACCGAGCAACAUUAUUCUUAAACGCGUCGGCCCACGAUUCUACCUGCCAUUCCUUGUCGUUGGGUUUGGUUUAGUCUCACUCUGCACGGCUUUCGUACGCUCAUAUGAAGGACUCAUCGUUGCCCGCGCCUUCCUGGGAAUCUUCGAAGGCGGUGCCAUGCCAGGGUUCUCCUUCUUUCUGAGCAGCUUCUACAAGAGAGAAGAACUCUUGUUCCGGCUGGGAAUCUUCAUUUCAGCAGCGUCAUUAGCUGGCGCAUUCGGUGGCCUGCUUGCCACUGGUCUCUCUCGCAUUCCGGAAUGGGGGUUCGACAGUGCACCUAUCCAUACAUGGAGGAACAUAUUCUUUUUCGAGGGAUUCGUCACAAUGCUCUUCGGAGGCUUCGCACCUCUCUGGAUGCCCACAAGUCCCGCCACCGCUUACUUCCUUGACGAAAGACAACGAGCAAUUGCGGCAGAGCGUCUGCAGCGCCAGCACAAGGCCGAUGUUGAUCAGAAAGUCACUCUUUCCGACGUGAAGCGAGCCGUGUUUUGCAUCCAUAACUAUACAUGCGCCUUCGGCUUUUUCCUGAUCAAUAUCACUGUCCAGGGAAUUUCGGUAUUCAUGCCGACCAUUCUUGCCGACUUAGGCUGGACCGCGACGCGAGCACAGCUGUACUCUGUACCGCCUUACGUUGUGGCUGCUAUCACAGCCAUCAUCAUCGCGUGGUUCAGCGACCGAACACGUCAACGCGGUAUAUACCUUGCCGUAUUUUCGAUGAUUGCUGUUAUCGGUUUCGCCAUUUUGCGAUUUGCAACCGAGGCUAACAUCAGAUAUAUGGGCGUAUUCUUCGUCACAGCAGGUGCUUUCCCAGGUGGUCCAGGAUUUUUGAGUUGGGCGAUGAAUAACUCGGCAGGCCCUUCCGUACGCGCAGUAACCAGUGCCUACGUUGUCUCCAUUGGCACCAUGGGUGGAAUCGUUGCGACGUGGACCUACACGUUCAAAGACGCCCCGAAGUACUUCACUGGACACACGAUCAAUCUUGCUCUUAUUGGCUUGAAACCAAUCCUUACAGAUACGAUGCGGCUCCUGAACACACGAACGAAGGAACUGCGCGUUUUCACCCACUCUCGCAUUCCAUAUGCUAUCCUGUCUCAUACUUGGGGCUCGGAAGAAGUCACACUUCAGGACCUGCUCGCUGGAAACGCGUCUAGUCUUGAAGGUUAUACGAAACUGGAUGGGGCUUGUAAUCAGGCAUCGUCGGAUGGGUUCGACUACAUAUGGAUCGACACUUGUUGCAUCGACAAGACAAGCUCAUCUGAGUUGACGGAGGCCAUCAAUUCCAUGUGGGUCUGGUAUCAAAACUCUCGUGUCUGUUAUGCAUACCUUGAAGACGUCACCCAGGAAGAUGUUGAUGUUCUCGGUGGCUACUCUAAGAGCUUCAUGAAUAGUCGGUGGUUCACGCGUGGCUGGACGCUUCAGGAGCUCAUUGCACCUUCCACCGUCGUAUUCUACUCAGAUGACUGGUACGAAAUUGGUACACGAGACCAGAUGCGAGAACCUCUGGGGAAGAUUACCGGUAUCGACCACAAGUUCUUCGAAUAUGGAAUCCUAGGUCGAUACAGCAUCGCCCAGAGAAUGUCCUGGGCUGCGAAGAGAAAGACUACCAGAGUCGAAGAUCAGGCGUAUUGUCUGCUUGGGUUAUUCGGGGUUAGCAUGCCUCUACUAUACGGCGAAGGUGAAAUGGCGUUCAUCAGACUUCAGGAAGAGAUCAUGAGGCGAACGGAUGACCAGUCAAUAUUUGCCUGGUUGUUGCCUGGACAUUCAGACAGGCCGUCUCGCAACACUGGGUUUCUCGCCAAGUCCCCCUCUUGUUUUGAUCAGUCUGGCAGCGUCACCAGGAUCGAUGCCGACCAUCGCGUGGCACCGUAUUCGUUCACAAAUAGAGGCAUCCAGAUCGAGAUGCCGAUACUAGACCCGAGCAGCUCGAAAUAUGGCUUCUCAUUCAUCCCCGGAGAUAACAAUGAGCAGAUUGGUUCCGCUGCAGGAAUCUCAUUCACUUUCUCUCCAACGAGCACGAUAGCUAUACUCAACUGUAACAAAGCGGGCCGUCAGAUAGGGCUCUAUCUCGAGAGAAAAAACGAUCUUGAGCCAUUCUACAGGUGCAGUCACAAGCUGGGCUUUGUCUCAGUUCCAGAUAAUUGGGUUAAGCAGGCAAGACUUGAGACCAUCCUCGUCAGGGCUGAAGAUCCGGAAGAUAUGGAAUCGCUGUGGGGCAAAGAUUCCGAUGCGCAGCAUAUCGUCGUGGAGUUGCCACAAGAACUGGAUCCUGGGUACUACGACGUGAAGGCAUCCCCGGCGGAUCGUUGGGCCAGUAGUGGCCCCUGGAGCCACUCCAUCAUGCUCUCUUACGACGUUGAAACUAGCGGCAAAGAAGAGGUCCCUUAUCUACAUGUUCAGAACGCAGAAACUGAAAACGGCUUCUGUUUGUUCUUCAAGUUCAAGGCUCCAGGUCCGCAUAACGCGUGUCUUCUGAUGGACGUGGCCGCCGGAGAAACUCCAACCAUUCCACAAUCAUCAUCAUUCAUCGUUGCUGGUCCGCUAGCGGAAAGCCGCCUGGAAGGAGAGGGAAAAUUGGGAAAAGUCACGGCUGAGCUGAACUCUUCACGAUUUGCGAAGGUCUGGAAGAUUACGAUGGAAAAGAGUCAAACCACUUUGGAUGCACUAGUCUGA